GAUGCUGCCCGCAACGGGAUGCGGUUCUACGCGGCGCUGCAGGCUGAGGACGGGCACUGGGCUGGGGAUUACGGAGGGCCCCUCUUCCUGCUGCCAGGUCUCCUCAUCACCUGCCACACCGCCCGGAUCCAGCUGCCCGAGGGAGUCCGGAAGGAGAUGGUGCGGUACCUGCUCUCCGUGCAGCUCCCCGACGGGGGCUGGGGCUUGCACGUGGAAGACAAAUCAACAGUGUUUGGCACAGCACUCAACUACGUGGCCCUGAGGAUCCUGGGGCUGGGACCAGACGACCCUGACGUUGUACGGGCCCGUGUCAACCUGCACAGCAAAGGAGGUGCUGUGGGAAUCCCUUCCUGGGGGAAGUUCUGGCUGGCUGUCUUGAAUGUUUACAGCUGGGAGGGAAUGAACACCCUUCUUCCAGAGAUGUGGUAUGUACCCCACUCGAUGUGGAGGCAGGGAAUCACACCUUGUGCCAGGUGCCUCUGGUACCUGCAGGGUCUCUCUGCCCAGGCAGAGGAGUGUUUGUUUUCCCUGUGCCAGGAGCUGUAUGUGCAGGACUAUGCCAGCAUAGACUGGCCAGCCCAGAGGAGCAACGUGGCUGCCUGUGACGUGUACACCCCGCACAGCUGGCUGCUGGGGGCUGGCUAUGCCAUCCUGAACAUGUACGAGGCCCACCACAGCAGCUGGCUGCGGCAGCGCGCGGCCGCCGAGCUCUACGACCACAUCAGAGCUGACGACAGGUUCACCAAGUGCAUCAGCAUCGGGCCGAUUUCCAAGACAAUCAACAUGCUGGUUCGCUGGUUUGUGGAAGGGAAGGACUCCCCAGCUUUUCAGGAGCACGUUUCCAGGAUCCCUGACUAUCUCUGGCUGGGUCUCGAUGGCAUGAAGAUGCAGGGUACAAAUGGAUCCCAGCUCUGGGAUACUGCCUUUGCCAUCCAAGCCUUCUUGGAGGCAGAUGCCCAGAAGAUGCCUGAAUUCGAGUCCUGCCUCCAAAACGCCCACGAGUUCCUCCAGUUCAGCCAGAUCCCAGAGAACCCACCUGACUACCAGAAGUACUACCGCCACAUGAACAAGGGUGGCUUCCCCUUCAGCACUCGGGACUGUGGCUGGAUCGUGGCAGACUGCACAGCAGAGGGGCUGAAGGCAGUGAUGCUGCUGCAGGAGAAGUGCCCCUUCAUAGCCAAGCCUGUCCCCCCCGAGCGCCUCUUCGACGCCGUGAACGUGGUAAGUGCUGCAAAACUUGGGGCCAAGGGCAACCUGGGCAGCUACAUAGAAUCCUAGAAUAGAAUCAUAGAAUCUUUUAGGUUGGGAAAGACCUUUAAGAUCAUCGACCCCUCGGAGGUGUUUGGUGACAUCAUGAUUGACUACACCUAUGUGGAGUGCACGUCGGCUGUCAUGCAGGCACUGAGGCACUUCCAGGACAAGUUCCCUGAGCACAGAGCCCCAGAGAUCAGAGAGACUCUGCAGAAGGGGCUGGAGUUCUGCCGCAAGCAGCAGCGAGCUGAUGGGUCGUGGGAAGGGAGCUGGGGGGUUUGUUUCACCUACGGCACCUGGUUUGGCCUGGAGGCGUUUGCCACGAUGCAGCAGACGUACCGUGAUGGGGCUGCGUGCCGAGAGGUGGUCCAGGCCUGCCAGUUCCUUCUCUCCAAGCAGAUGGCAGAUGGUGGGUGGGGAGAGGACUUUGAGUCCUGCGAGCGGCGCACCUACGUGCAGAGCGCCAGCUCGCAGAUCCACAACACCUGCUGGGCCCUGCUGGGGCUCAUGGCUGUCAGGUACCCUGAGCUCAGUGUGCUGGAAAGGGGCAUCAAGCUGUUGAUGGAGAAGCAGCUGCCCAACGGAGACUGGCCUCAGGAGAACAUUGCUGGGGUCUUCAACAAGUCGUGUGCCAUCAGCUACACCUCCUACCGCAACGUCUUCCCCAUCUGGGCGCUGGGGAGGUUCUGCUGCCUCCAUCCCCACAGCCCCCUGGCCGGGCAGCUGCAGGCACAGACCUCCUCCUGGGCUGGCAGGAGGUCCGUUCUCCCGGACCCCAGCCCCACGGCAGGUGCCACAGCCUCUGGCUUGUCCUAG